CAGUGGGACAUCUGUUCAUCAUGCACUGUCUCUCUCUCUCUCUCCCUUUCUCACCCACCCACAGACAUACACUGACACACUACCCUCUUUCAAACUCUAUAUCAACCUCUCUCCUAGCUGAGACCACAUCCCUUGGCUGCUUCUCACAUUUGAAGUCCCUCUCUCACUAAGAUUGGAGCGAGCUUGAGGUUGAAGCAAACAUGGCUAAACAGGGUUCCUCAGGCUCAACAUCUCUUGGAGGUGACCCUUCUGAAGCAAAAAUCACACCAAUUGUGAUCAUUUCAUGUAUCUUGGCCGCUACUGGAGGCCUCAUGUUUGGUUACGAGAUCGGUAUUUCGGGAGGUGUAACAUCCAUGCCGGGUUUCUUGGAAAAUUUCUACCCGGAUGUGUAUGCUAGUACCCAGAAGCUGAAGACCCACAACAGCAAUUAUUGCAAAUACAACAAUCAAAGGCUGCAAUUGUUCACAUCUUUGCUCUACCUUGCGGCUCUGGUAUCAACAUUCUUUGCGUCACACAGUACCAAAAAGCUAGGCAGAAAGAUGACCAUGUUGAUUGCUGGGAUUUUCUUCAUAGUUGGCACAGUUCUUAACUCUGCAUUCACAAACUUUGCUACGGUCAUCAUUGGGAGGAUCUUUCUUGGUUGUGGAGUUGGUUUUGCUAAUCAGGUUGUUCCACUUUUCCUUUCGGAGAUUGCUCCGACAAGGAUACGUGGAGGACUGAACAUACUUUUCCAGCUUAAUGUAACCCUUGGAAUUCUGUUUGCAAACCUUGUCAACUAUGGAGCUGCCAAAAUUAAAGGAGGAUGGGGAUGGAGGCUAUCGUUGGGUCUAGCAGGGGUUCCAGCUCUUAUGCUAACCUUGGGGUCCCUCAUUGUGGUAGACACUCCUAACAGUCUGAUACAACGUGGUAAGUUGGAGGAAGGAAAAUCAGUGCUUAGAAAGAUUAGGGGGACUGAAAAUAUCGAAGCAGAGUACUUGGAGAUAUUAGAGGCAAGUAAUGAAGCCAGAGAAAUCAAGCACCCUUUCAGGAAUCUUCUGAAGCGUAAAAAUCGGCCUCCUCUCAUCAUUGCAAUAGCAAUGCAGAUCUUCCAGCAAUUCACUGGCAUUAAUGCAAUAAUGUUCUAUGCUCCGGUAUUAUUCGCAACCAUGGGUUUCGGCAACAAUGCUUCCCUUUACGCAGCUGUCAUAACAGGAGCAGUCAAUGUGCUCUCGACCAUUGCAUCAAUUUUCGUGGUAGACAAACUUGGCCGCCGCAUGCUCUUAUUAGAAGCCGGCGUCCAAAUGUUGCUUUCUCAAUUGGUUGUUGCAAUAGUGCUAGCACUCAAGGUCAAGGACCACUCUAACAAUCUAUCUUUCGGUUUGGGGAUAUUGGUGGUGGUGAUGGUGUGUUCUUUUGUCUCCGGUUUUGCUUGGUCUUGGGGACCUCUCGGGUGGUUAAUCCCAAGCGAGACAUUUCCACUGGAGACCCGCUCGGCCGGGCAAAGUGUGACGGUUUGUAUCAACAUGAUCUGUUGUUUUCUUAUAGGGCAAACCUUCCUCUUAAUGCUUUGCAGCUUGAAGUACGCCAUCUUCUUGUUCUUCUCGGCUUGGGUUUUGGUCAUGACGCUCUUUGUGCUGUUUCUAAUCCCCGAGACCAAGAAUGUACCUAUUGAAGAGAUGACAGAGAGAGUGUGGAAGCAGCACUGGUUUUGGAAGAGAUUCAUUGAUGACUAUGAGGGUGAUGAUUCGAAUAUAAAAUAUGCAAACUAACUAAAGUAGUCCCAUCCGCUUUGUUAAGUCUAUUACGUACUCUUGUGUGUCCUUCUGAAGUUGGUUCAUGUACUUUUCAGUAUUCUAAUGGAGCUCAAGAUAAACAUUUCAUUUUAA